CCAAUGAUUUCGCCUGCCUGAAACUCUCACCACCGCGGCGCCUGACAGCUCGAGCGAUCGCCGUCAAUCAUUCAUUCAGUCUUUUCUCCGUUUCUCUCCUUCGGAAUCUACCGAACCGGCUCCAGCAUGUUCGAGGAGGCCAGUGAGGUGUUGGAGAACAUGCUGAAGUGGUCGUUCCCGCUGAGUUUGGUGCUGUUUUUGGUGCUGGUGUGUCCGCUGCGCGCGGAAGCGGCGCAUGAGUUCAGCGUGUACCGCAUGCAGCAGUACGACCUGCAGGGACAAACCUACGGUUCCCGUAAUGCCAUUUUAAACACGGAGGCUCGUACGGUGGAGGCCGAGGUGCUCAGCAGGCGAUGCGUGAUGAUGCGGCUCGCCGAUUUCUCUUUCGAGAAAUACCAGAAAGCCCUCCGACAGUCUGCGGGAGCCGUGGUCAUCAUACUGCCCCAGAACAUGUCCACUAUGCCUCAGGACAUAGUGCAGCAGUUCAUGGAGCUGGAGCCGGAGCUGUUGGCCACCGAGACCAUCGUGCCCGUGUACUUCGCCCUGGAGGACGAGGAGCUGCUGUCCAUCUACACGCAGACACAGAUGUCCUCGUCCUCGCAGGGGUCUUCAUCAGCUGCUGAAGUGCUGCUGCACACAGCGACAGCUAAUGGUUUCCAGAUGGUGACCAGUGGAGCUCAGAGUAAAGCUGUCAGUGAUUGGGCCAUCACUAGCCUAGAGGGGCGUCUCACAGGUGCGGGAGGAGAAGAUCUGCCCACUAUAGUCCUGGUUGCUCACUAUGACUCUUUCGGAGUUGCUCCAUGGCUGUCAUACGGCGCAGACUCGAACGGCAGCGGGGUCGCCAUACUGCUAGAGCUCGCGCGACUGUUUUCCAGACUCUACUCCUACAAGAGGACACAUGCAGGAUACAACCUGCUGUUUUUCUUGUCGGGAGGUGGGAAGUUUAACUACCAAGGCACUAAACGCUGGUUGGAGGACAAUCUGGAUCACACAGAUUCCAGUCUGCUCCAGGACAACGUGGCGUUUGUUUUGUGUCUGGACACUCUGGGUAACAGCGACAACCUUCACCUCCACGUGUCCAAGCCGCCGAAAGAGGGCAGCCCGCAGCACACCCUGCUCAAAGAGCUGGAGACCGUGGCGGCCCAUCAGCACCCCGAGCUGAAGUUCUCAAUGGUCCACAAGAAGAUCAACCUGGCCGACGACACUCUGGCGUGGGAACACGAGCGGUUCGGCAUCCGCCGCCUGCCCGCCUUCACCCUGUCCCACCUGGAGAGCCACCGCAGCCCCGCGCGCCACUCCAUCAUGGACAUGCGGUCAGUGUCGUCCUCUCUGGAAGGGGCGGGAGAGGCCACCGCUGGGCCUCACGUGGAUCUGACGAAACUCAGUCGCAACACUAAAGUCAUCGCAGAAACGCUGGCGAGAGUGAUAUACAACCUGACAGAGAAAGGUGCCAGUGGAGACCUGGAGAUCUUCACUGAACAGAUGCAGGUGCAGGAGGAUCAGCUGAUGUCACUGGUGGACUGGCUGACGGCGCAGCCGCGAGCCGCCCAGCUGCUGGAUAAAGACAGCAGCAUUGUUAACACGCUGGAGUAUUACCUGAACCGCUAUCUGAAGGACGUCAAGAGGCAUCUGGUCAGAGCGGAUAAGAGGGACCCUGAAUUUGUCUUUUAUGAUCAACUUAAGCAGACCAUGAAUGCUUAUAGGGUAAAGCCAGCGAUCUUUGACCUGCUGCUAGCCGCCUGUAUCGCAUCUUAUCUUGGAGUGCUGUAUUUGGCCGUCCAGCAUUUUGGACUUCUAUACGGUUUCCUGCGUAGAGUCACGGCUCCUCGGGUCAAACAGCACUAACCCGUCUCUUCACGCACCUGCAAUACGAGGGGCCGCCCGGCUCUCACAGCAGAGCCAAGAGUGUGUUUGCUUUCUUUAUAUCACACCUACUUUGUUUGAUUGAUUGAUUGAUUACUUUAUUGAGACUGAAUGCUAAUUCCCAUGCCAAGUGUUUCAUCCACUACAUCUCCACUAGCCUUUCAAGUCUUCCUUGUCUCGACGUUGCCUCAAGUCCCGCGUCCUUAAAAAAUACAAUCCGUAAUCAUUCACACGGAGUUAAUAAUGCGAACAAGUCAGUUCGGGUAUGUUGCGGUUGUUUAAUUGUCAUCAUGAACUGUGCGCUUCUUGCGUCAAUCGCGGAUUGUACAUUUAAGCGGUUUCCAGAAAGCCCCUCCUCCUGUCGUUAUUCUUCACUGGCAGCUACUACAAAGUGGGCCAAAAUUGUUGCUGGUUGAGUUGAAGUCUGUUAACGCUUAAGAUUGAUUCCCAAUCUUCAUAACAUGAACAUCAACUCAAACUGCUGUUUCUCUUUGGAGUGAGUAUUAUAUGUUGAUAAUAUGAUGUUUGGAAACCGUUUGGCAUUUCAUGUUUGCAGAUUCUUUUAUCCUAAAGUUUUUCCUCAAGAGUAAUAUUAUUAACUCCAUGAUUCUCAAGACACUUAUAACUCCCAUUUUGUUCUUUUAUCCUGAUUCCACUGGUUGUUUUGACACCCAAAGUCCAGUUCUGCUUUCACUAUUUAUUAGGGAGCAGUGUGGUAAAAAUUUGCUGUUAUUUAUGGAAGCUGAUACGCUUCAACAUGCACUGAUUUUUUUUUUCUUUUUUUCUCCAAACUUGAUUUAACUCUACAAAUCAGAGGUACAUAAACUUGAUUCUCAAGGAAAAGGAUGAAGAAAAAAAUAAAGGCAUUUGUUGAAUUAA